AGAAACGUGCUGAUUUAACUCUUCCAAAGGGAGGUAUGUUUGACUCUUCGUUUAUUUCUUACCUCUUGUGCCCCGUUUCCUUUCCGGGUUUAGGCGAUGGAGAACGAGCAGCUCCUGCUUGAGAAGCUCGAGAGCUCGAGCUGGAGUCCCGGUGAGGCUCAGGAUAAAGUUCUGGCCGAGAUCCUGGAGAAGAAUGCCGCCACAGACUACUUCAACAGGCAUGGAUUGCGAGCAGCAACCAAGGAGGUGUUUCGGCAGAGAGCGCCGGUCAUUGAGUACGAAGACAUCAAGGAUGAGAUCAACCGAAUUGCCGACGGCGAGGCCGCUACUUUGCUCUGUGCGAAUCCUAUCGCGGAUAUGUUCACGAGCUCUGGGACCUCCGGCGGGGCUCACAAGCUGUUCCCGAAAGUGGAGGGACACUAUGCUGUGUCGAAAUACUUCUUUGAUCUUGCAACCGCUCUUCUCAACAGGGACUUGCCUGGACUGAGGACCGGCAAGGCUUUGUACUUCUUAUACGUGAGAAGUGGCCGCAAGACUCCUGGAGGGCUUCCAGCUUAUCCAGCACUGACGGGAUACUACAACAGUCUAGAGUUCCGCAACCGGCCUUUCGAUCCAAGCAACGAUUACACAAGCCCCCUGGAGGUGAUACUUUGCACGGACAGCGUGCAAGCCUCCUACUGCCACUUGCUGUGUGGUUUGAUCCACGCCCGAGACGUGACGAAGCUGGGCUGCUUCUUUGCGUCGGUGUUCGUGAGGUCGAUAAGGUGCCUCGAAGCCUGGUGGCAGGAGCUUUCCAGGGACAUACGAACGGGAACUUUGUCCGAGAGAGUUGUGGAUCCGGCUUGCAGAGAAGCCGUGGAGAAGAUCUUAAGGCCGGAUCCAGAGCUUGCGAACGUGAUCGACGAGGCGUGCUCCAGUGGAAGCUUGAAAGGAAUCGUCCGGAAGCUGUGGCCCAGUGCCAAAGCUAUCGACACAGUCGUCACCGGUGCUAUGGAGCAGUAUGUUGGAGAAGUCGACUAUCUCACCGACGGCCUGCCAAUAGCGUCGAUGAUCUACGCGUCCUCGGAGUCUUUCUUUGGAGUGAAUCUCAAGCCGCUUUGCGAGCCGUCCCAGAUCUCCUACAUGUUUCUGCCCGAGACGUCCUACUACGAGUUUCUGCCGGUGGCUCGAUCGGAGGAGAAAGCUUCUCGUGAAGAGCCCGUGGAACUCGUUGAUGUGGAACAAGGCCACGAGUACGAGCUUGUGAUCACGACAAACGCUGGAUUGUACAGAUAUCGCAUGGGUGACGUUCUUAGAGUCGAGGGCUUCCACAACAAAGCUCCGCUCUUCAGCUUCGUCUGCCGGACGAACGUUCUACUUAGCAUCGACUCGGACAAAACGGACGAGAAGGAGCUCCAGACCGCAGUCAUGAACGCGUUUGCGGCAUUGCGAAAUGGCGUCACGAGCAAGGAGGGGGAGGCAAUAAGAUUGACGGACUACACCAGCUAUGCCGACCUCUCCUCCAAUCCUCCGCACUACGUGAUUUACUGGGAGCUGUCCAGCGAGCUUCACUUGGAACCGGAAAAAGCAGGGGAGUGCUGCUACAAGAUGGAGGAAUCACUGAGCGUGGUGUAUCACAGGGGGAGGAUGGAGAGAUCCAUUGGAGCUCUGGAGCUGAGGCUUGUGACACCAGGGACUUUCAAUCGAAUCGCUGAUGAUGCCGCAUCCAGGGGUGGAAGUGUUUCUCAAUUCAAGCUGCCAAGGUGUAUCAAGAAAAAUGCGACCAGGAUGCUGGAAAUCGUGGAGAGUGGUGUAUACCAGCAGUACUUCAGUCCAAGAGCACCGAAGUAUUAAUAUUAUUUUGAUUGUUUGAUCGUAAAAACUCUAAAAAUUACAGCAAAAUUUUAUUAUUAUACUCAA